UCGCGCAUUUCAGUCUGUUCACUUCGGCACCGUUACCGUUUAGUUUAAUCCUCACAGCUCGACUUGGACAAUGAAACAAAUCAUUUUCUCUGCUUCCUGACCUAUGUAACGGCGCUCAAUGCAGCUCCGGAACCGGAACCCAUAAUGGACACUAGCGACAACAAGGAUGUGAAGUUGUCGGCUGAAGUCGAGCCAUUUAUUCCACAGAAGAAAGGUGUCGACUCCGCCCUUUUGAGCAUGAACCUAUCAGGAGAUGGUGCGGGCGCCAUGGGGGCGGAGCCAACCCCAAUCCCCUCCUACCUCAUUACCUGUUAUCCGUUCGUGCAGGAGAACCAGCCCAACAGGCAGUUGCCAGUGUAUAAUGGAGAGGUACGCUGGCAGCAGCAGUGUGGUUCUGCUCCGUAUGUGGCGUACUCCUUUGUCUCCUCACCCCCUCAGCCCGCCGCCGUGUGUAAUGAUUACUCUUACUGCCCCCUGCUGCCGCCCUCCUGCCCUCCCCUCAUGGGCUUCUACCAGCCCCUCACUGCCCCCUAUGCCCCGCCCCUGCCCUCCAGCCUGGGAAACCCCGUAUCGGAUACCUGUCUCAGACCCCCACAGCCACAAGGACAGCCAAUCAGCAUGGGUGCACAGAGAGGGAGAGGUGGGGCUAGAGCACCUGUCCUGCCCAAGCAGGUGGCUCAGCCAAUCAGAGUGAAGCGUCCGGUGAUGCGCAGCGUGGCGGUGCAGAAGGAGGUGGCAGCUGCAGGGCCUGAUGGGAAAUCACGCACUGUACUGCUGGUGGAUGCUGCUCAGCAAACUGACUUCCCCGGAGAGCCGUGCAGUAGCAGCAGCAGGUGUGUGUCAGACAGAGUGAGUCCUCUGCAGUUCAGAGGGAAGGUCAGACGUAGACGCUCAUCUCAGACGGCCGAGUCGUCCAGCGAGCACGGAGCGAGUGAGGCCGACAUCGACAGUGACAGCGGCUACUGCAGCCCCAAACACGCACUGGGCGUUGAAGCUGGAGUCAUGACUGUUAGUUGGGUGAAUCCUUCCACUCCGGCUCCUCAGAAACCCUGGACAGACCGCGGCUCGUCCUUCCACAGAAACAAAAUGGUGGAGCAGAGGAAUUACACUCAGGAGUUUCAUGUGGGCUUUACUGGCCGUGGUGGUGGAGGUGUUGGGAGUCAGAGGAGACUGCAGCAGGGUGGAGCUCAGCCUGAACACACACCUGAACCCCUCUACUUCCAGGAUGAGGAUGAGUUUCCUGACCUGGCCACUGGGGGUGCUGUGCAGCGCAACAAACCUGAACAAGUACAGCUCAAACUGCCCAAACCACUGUUGGAUAAUCUUCCGGAGAAUUCCCCCAUCCACAUUGUACAGACUCCUAUUCCCAUCACCACCUCAGUGCCCAAGCGAGCCAAGAGUCAGAGGAAGAAAGCUCUGGCAGCGGCUCUGGCUACCGCACAGGAGUACUGCGAGAUCAGCAUGGAGCAGAGGAAACUGCAGGAGGCUCUAACUAAAGCAGCAGGGAAGAAGAGCAGGACUCCAGUACAGCUGGAUCUGGGGGACAUGCUCGCUGCACUGGAGAAACAACAACAGGCCAUGAAGGCACGACAACUCAACAACACCAAACCCCUUUCAUACACAGUGGGUACGACCUCACUGUUCCACAAUAAGGAUGCAGUCAGUAAGGGUGUGAUGAAAUCAUACACUACCCCCCACAACAUGCUCGACUCCACAGCACCCAAAAUCAAGAGGGGUAAAGAGAGAGAGAUACCUAAAGUGAAGAGACCUACUGCCCUCAAGAAGGUGAUCCUGAAGGAGCGUGAAGUGAAGGCUAAGCUGUGUGUGAAGGAACAGGCAGAUGACGAGCUUCACUUCACCGACACACUCACACAGGAGACAGUCUCACAAGAGGAGAAUGGUCUGAGCAUGCCCAGUGAUGCCUCACUGUCUCCAGCCAGUCAGAAUUCUCCGUACAGCAUCACUCCGGUGUCACAGGGUUCUCCAGCCAGCUCUGGCAUCGGCAGUCCCAUGGCCUCGUCCACCAUCACCAAGAUUCACAGCAGGAGGUUCAGAGAGUACUGUAAUCAGGUGUUGAAUAAGGAGAUUGAUGAGAGCGUCACUCUGCUGCUGCAGGAGCUUGUGCGUUUUCAGGAGCGAGUGUAUCAGAAGGAGCCCAAUAAAGCUAAAGCUAAGCGCCGCCUGGUCAUGGGUUUGCGCGAGGUCACCAAGCACAUGAAGCUCAACAAGAUACGAUGUGUGAUCAUCUCGCCUAACUGUGAGAAGAUCCAGGCCAAGGGUGGUCUGGAUGAGGCUCUGUAUAACGUGAUAGCGAUGGCCCGUGAGCAGGAGAUCCCGUUUGUUUUCGCUCUGGGGCGUAAAGCUCUCGGCCGCUGCGUUAACAAACUCGUCCCCGUCAGUGUAGUGGGAAUCUUCAACUACUCCGGAGCAGAGGCUCUGUUUAACCGCCUGGUGUCUCUGACGGAGGAGGCGCGCAGGGCGUAUAAGGAGAUGGUUUGUG